AUGGCCGUGGCGGAUUUUAGGGGAGCUGAUCAGCGCGGGAUUGCGACUUGCGACGAAGGAGGCCUGCUGCUGCGCCACCCGUUCCAAGGAAGCAUGAACAGCUGCUCAAAAACUGGUUCUGAUACGUUGCCUUGUUUUGCGUCGCUCCGAGGCGUCGGGAGUGUUCAGGGGCUCAUCUGGGGCCGGGACCGUUAUGUUGGGGAUUCAGAUGCGGAGGACACGGUCCAGACGACUCCUGCCAUAGCGCGUCUCCUUGUACGAGAAAUCCACCCCUUCUCCGCACUGGAAGCCAGCUUCGUAUCUUGGCCCGAGGCCGGAGGCUCCGUGGCGGUUGCGGCCGGGAUCUCCGAGACCAAAUGGGAGCCGCCUAUCCGACAGUGACGGGAGUAACAAUAGGUCCGUUGCGCUGAUAUCAAACCCACUGGUCGAAAAACCGCGCGGGAGCUUGCAUCACUUCUUCCGCUCCUUGCGCGUAAAAGGGCCGCGAAUUCAGCUGCCAAUCGGUCGGUACCGGCCGAUGCUCCUCUCGCGUUGUCCUCAGCUCCCUUGGAAGUGCUCUCGUUCGACCACCUCGUUUCCUCUCCCGCCAACCGCGUAGCGCCUUCUGAUAUCAGCCUCGAUGGGCUCCGCGGCUCCGAAUCAGGAUUUCGGCAAAGAACUUGGGUUGGCCAAUCCGGCAAGACCGGCCUAGCUGCAGGGGCUGAUCGGAUCAUAAUUUGCAAGGUGUGGCAGGGAGUGGCGGUGCCAGCACCGCCCCCCUGUGUGGUCUCGCCACAUAACCU